UCACUCACUCCAUUUCUCUAGUUAAAACUAUUUAUCCAGCUCUCUCUAUCUGCCUUUUCUACUUAACACUCUGCAUUCACUCUCCUCCGCUCUCUCUCUCUCCCCCGCUCAAUUUCUUCCUCUCAUCCACUCACUAGUUCCAUAUUUCUCUUAUUGUUGAUGUUAUUCUGACAGCAGAGAUGUCUAAAGGAGGAAUUCACAGAGGCUUCCUCAGGAAAUAUGGUGGUUUUAAGCUGUUUAAGCAGUGGAAGGAGCGCUACCUGGUGCUGACAGUAGAAGGCUGCCUGAGAGUGUGUCGUGAUGCAGAGAGUCCUCCUGACCAGGUGGUGGCGCUGCAGUGGAACUGUGAGGCCAUCGUGGAGGGCAAGGAGAUACUCGACCUGCCCCGGCUCCCCCCCGGGGGGCGGAGAGACUGUUGCUUCGCCCUCAUUCUGCCCCAGGACAAGUUUCUGUUACUACUGGCAGACAGCCCAGAAGACUGCAAUCUCUGGCUGAAACUCAUCAGGAAGGUGAGAGAGGGAGUGAUGUCAGCCGCCCUCCUGCAAAGACAACAGAGUCUGACCCCCGCGCUGACCGCCCAUAUCACUGACAGGGACCCCCAACCUGACACGCCCACCAACAAGGACCCCACCUUGCCACUGCUGACCAUCGGCAACUUGACCCCCACAGUCACCCCCACCCCCACUCCGAAUGGAACACCCACCACCACCCCCUCAGCCUCCCGGGCAGGGUCGUUCAGAAACAACAGCAUGGCCGGCGGACACAGACCAUCCGUGCGGUCCAUGCGGAGCGCGGCAUCCGUACCUCCGCCCCACCGUACUUCUGACUGCCUUCGCCACGGUAACAGCAGCGACGCGCGGGCAGUCAGGGCGGUGUGUCUGCUGAUGGGAGGGGCGGCCGCCUCCUCGGCCUUGGGUUACAUCCAGUCCUGCUCCCCUUCGUCUCCGCUGACCUCCCGGCCCCCCAGCCUGGAUCCCCCCCUGGGUCACGGCGCAGUGACAGGGGGCUUUUCUGAGCUGGGGGCGGGCACGGGGGCCUCAUAUCACUGCAGUCAGGACGUGGACAACCCCCCACACUUCAACAGCUUCGACUUUGAGGGAGGAGACUCUGACUUCGACGCCUUCGACUGCGGAGGGUUUGCGUUUUGAGAGGUCAUGUUGUAAUCUGAUGUGAUCUGUUGGAUGGUAGUAAACAUGUGCUGACCACUGUUAACAGACAGGAUCUGUAGAUGACCAUUGAGAAAUAGGAUCUAUUGAUUAGGGCUGAUAGAUAGGAUCUGUAGAUGACGGAUGAGGAAUAGGAUCUAUUGAUUAGGGCUGAUAGAUAGGAUCUGUAGAUGACGGAUGAGGAAUAGAAUCUAUUGAUUAGGACUGAUAGAUGGAAUCUGCUGAUUCCAGUAUAUAGAUAGGAUCUGCUGGUAAAUGUUUUUACACUACAGGAGCAGUAAAACCUUUAGAGAGGUCCUGUCUGUAGUGACAUUCAAAGGGAUAUUCAGUUUCUUUGCAUUAAUUUACUGUUGGGAUUUCUUUUUUUGCCAGUUCCUUCCUGGACUUCUUUGGCUAACUUGCUUGUAUGAGCAGUGGUGGGUUGCUUUUUCUUUAGAUCCAGUCAAAAUGCUGAUCUCAUCAUGAAAUGGAUUGGACAUUUUAAAUAGUUAUAUAUAUAUAUAUAUAUAUAUAUAUAUAUAUAUAUAUUAGAUAUAUUUCCGUAUUUUAUUCUUAAUUGGACAAGAAAGAGGGGAAAGAUAGAAGAUUUUUGCUGAAAAUAAACACCCGAAAAAGGAGAGGAGCAGAUUCGAAUCCAUGCUGCAGCACACGUGUGAUAUUGUUCUGUGGACCCCCUUAAACCAGAAUAUUUAAAACUUUUAAAGGCAGAUUGGUCUGGGGUUUUUGGUAAGUCUGUCACCUACCACUAGUAUGGUUAUUCCAAGCCAAACUUGUGUAAAACAAAUCUGUCUGGGUAAUGCUAAAACCAUAAACGUACAUAACCAGGAUGUGAACAAUUUGGUCUAAUAUGCUAAUUGUAUAUUCUUUUAACCUGUACCUUUGUAUAGAUUAUUACACGGUUUGAUUACCAUACCUAGUUUUAUGUGUUAGCUAAUGAAUCCCACUGUUUUAUUGAUCUUAACAUGAUUAACUAUGUCUGUUGCACAGUAAUCUCAUCUUUUGGAUUUGACUAGCAAAGAUACAGCUUUUAUCAUGUGUUGUUUGACAUUUUGAUUGCAGGUUACUAGAAUCAACAUGGUUAGAUAUUAAUGUUGGGUUUACAAGAAGGGUUUAGCAAAACAAAGUACUUUUGAAGUGAACUGAUUCACUGUAUCCUUUCUAAACAUGACCAGCUAUUUUCCUGCGAUAGAACAGGUGUUUUUUCUGUGUUAUUGGCAUGGUAACAACCCUAACCAGGAAGUUCUGUCGGCUUUGUGUAAACACGAGCACUGCAUCAAGAUAAAUUAUACAUUUUGUACUUUUUUUAUUCAACAAGACUAGUAAUACAUUAGUAAAUCACCUGUGCUUUGUAUAUAAUAACAAUAAAAAAUACUAUAUUACAAAA